UUUAAACUGGCAAUCUAUCGAAUCGAAGGAAAGCGAGAUGCGUCCAACACUCCAGACCCUCAUCUGUGUCCUGUGGCUGGUCUACGCCUACGCCUGGGACAAUACCGACUACAACUACCACGGAAUCGAGUUCGUGGACUACGCCGACGAGGGAGCUAGCUCCUAUAGCGAUGAAUCUCCGGACUGGGAUUUCUUUGACUUUUGGAGGCGGUUGCUCGGCCAUUAGCCUUCUGACAUCUGCGACCACGCCCCUGGCCAAAUCAAUCACUUGGCGGGACAUGUGACCCUCGGAUGUCGAGGC